UGCGGCGGGCGGGCGCGGGCAGCGGGCGUGGGCAGCGGUCAGCGUGGCAGCGGGGCCGCGUUGGGCGCCCGUGGAGCGUGUGGUUUUCCCUCGUAGCGGCCGGGAUUCCCCGCGACGUUUAGUGAAUACGGUUGCCAGCGCCGUGCACGCUCCUAGGGUGGUUGGUUUGGUGGAGCCCGCGUGGUGGCUUUGGUUUUUUUUAAUGACUUGGUUGCCGCUGAAAGACUGAAAAACUUAAAUUUUAAAAACCCAGUUUUCCAGCUUCUGUAGAAAAGUCAGAUCUGGCAACAUUGGGCCCAGAACCGCGUGUGUCCCCGGGCACCCAGAGCUGCCCCCGCAGGUGAGACCCGCUGGCCCGUUCAUGUUACCAGGCUGGCUCCUGGUGGCGUUUGAGGUUGCAGCCCCUUCUGUAGAGUGUGGUUCUCAGACCGAAAAUGGACCUGAAAAGCCCCGGUCAGCAUCGUAACCCUCCUAGAACGUCAGGCUUUUACAAAUCUCUUUCCAGGCAGGCUAACGUGUGGUUAUUCUUAGAGGAACGGUAGCCUCGUUUAUACUGUGCUGUAUUGCUUACAGCAUCCUUUUACUUAUUUUUUUAGAGACAGGAUUUAUUUAUUUAUGUAUGUAUUUGGUGAGGAAGAUUCGCCCUGAGCUGACAUCCCUGCCAAUCUUCCUCUGCUUUACAUGUGGGUUGCAGAUGAGUGGUGUAGGUCCACACCCAGGAACUGAACCCUGGCUGCCUAAGCAGAGCUCACCAAACUUAACCACUAGGCCAUGGGGCCAGCGCCUACAGCAUCCUUUUAGAUAGUGGUUCCUUUUAAUGAUCCCAGAGUAUCUUGGAGAAGAAAGCACAAUACAGUUAAUCACCCCCACUUUUGGGGGGAUGAGAAGACAUGCUCAACAGUGUCAUUACUAGGCCAACGUCGACAAAUGGUGCAGCUAGAAUUCCACACAAGUCACGUGGCUUUUCCAACCAGUGCAUUUGUCUGGUAAGUGGAAUAUAAGGAUUGAGAGCCCAGGAAAGAGUCCAGACUAGAGACAGGUAUUUGGAUGUCCUCAGCCUUCAGAUGGCAGUUGAGUCUUUGAGAGCUGAAGAGAGCACCAGUGGGGAGAGCGUAGUUAGAAAGGGGUUAGAGGGCUGGCCCCAUGGCUGAGUGGUUAAAGUUCUGCGCACUCCGCUUUGGCAGCCCGGGUUCAAAGGUUUGGAUCCCAGGUGCGGACCUACUCCACUCAUCAGCUGUGCUGUAGAGGCGUCCCACAUGCAAAGUAGAGGAAGAUGGGUACAGAUGUUACCUCAGGGCUGGUCUUCCUGAAGCAAAAACAAGAGUAAGAUUAGCAAUGGAUGUUAGCUAAGGGCAAAUCUUCCUCACCAAAAAAAAUAAUAAAUUAAAAAAAAAAGAAAGAAGUUAGAGCCUUCAGGCAGUAGACUAGCAUAUGGAGAAGGAGCAGCCAGGGAAGCAGGAAGAAAACCAAGGGAGCAUUAUAUUAUGGAGCCACAAAAAGAGGUUGUUUCCAGGGGGAGAAAAAGGUAAUUGAAAGUGUCAAAUGCCACAAUAAAGUCAACUACAAAAAGGAGUAAAAGAUGUAUGUUGGAUUUAGCAACAUUGAGAUCACUGGUGACCUUGCCCAGAGUAGUUUCGUUGAUGUGGUGGGGUGGAAGCUAUACAUUGUCGUAAGUGGAUAAAUAAAGAAAUGAAGAGGUAGAGAUGGGUAAGUGGAGGCAACUCAGGACGUCUGGCUGUGCAGAAGAAAGUGUGGGAGUUAGAAGGAUGAUGUGGCGUUAGGAUGUUUUGAGAUGGGAGAUUCUUGAGCGGCCUAAAGCUGAUAGAAGGGAGCCAACAGAGAAGUUUUGCUGGUACAGAAGAGGAAGGAAUAAAGUGCAGUCCCCUGGAAGAUAGGAAGGGCGUGACAUCCAGAGCAUAGGGGAAGUGUUGGCUUUGGAGACAGGAAAAGCACUUUUCGUUGUGGGAGGAGGGAAGUAAGGAAGGUGGGUUGCGGUUGCAGGUGCUUUAUGUGUUGGCUGGAAUGAAAGUGAAGGGAGUCUCGGAUGGCUUCUAUUUUCGCUGUGAAUAAGGAAAAGAAAACACCUACUGAAGAUGAGAAGGGAGCCCCUGCCAACCACCAUUCUACUCUCUGUCCCUAUGAAUUUGACUGCUCCAGAGACUUCAUGCCUCGCCAUGUCCGCGCCCCAGACACCAGAGUCAGCCCUUGAUGCGCGGGAAGACUCCUCCACAGCCACAAGGGAAGAGGAUGCUGCCGAUGGGAUCCAGCACUCCCAUCGCAUGCUCAGCUUCAGCGAUGCACUGCUGUCUAUCAUCGCCACCGUGAUGAUCCUGCCUGUGACCCACACGGAGAUCUCCCCGGAACAGGUACUUGGGGACCGUCUGCAGCGUCUAGUGAGGCCAUUUGACAAAAGUAUACAGAAACUUCUAGCAACCAGGAUUGCCGUCUACCUGAUGACGUUUCUCAUCGUGACCGUGGCCUGGGCAGCACACACGAGAUUGUUCCAAGUUGUUGGGAAAAUAGAUGAUACGCUUGCCCUGCUCAACCUGGCCUGCAUGAUGACCAUCACCUUCCUACCAUUCACGUUUUCCUUAAUGGUGACCUUCCCGGAGGUGCCUCUGGGUAUCUUCCUAUUCUGUGUGUGUGUGAUCGCCAUCGGGGCCGUGCAGGCGCUGAUCGUGGUAUAUGCGUUCCACUUCCCCCACCUCCUGAACCCCCAGAUAGAGCGCUCCACCCACAGGGCCCUCUACCGGCAGCACGUCCUAGGCAUCAUCCUCCGAGGCCCGGCCUUAUGCUUCGCUGCGGCUGGCUUCUCCCUGUUCUUCUACCCCGCGUCGUACCUGCUGAUGGCGACGGUCGUCUUCCUCCCCUACCUCAGCAAGGCCACCAGCUGGUGCAAAAGCAGGCUUGUGGGCCCCCGGGAGCCCCCACCUCACAGCAUGGAGUUCUUCACCUUCGAUCUGCACGAGCCUCUCAGCAAGGAGCGAGUGGAGGCCUUCAGUGACGGGGUCUACGCCAUCGUGGCCACGCUCCUCAUCCUGGACAUCUGCGAGGACAACGUGCCGGACGCCAAGGACGUGAAGGAAAAGUUCCACGGCAGCCUGGUGGCAGCACUGAGCGUGUACGGGCCGCAUUUCCUGGCGUACUUCGGCUCCUUUGCCACGGUGGGCCUGCUCUGGUUCGCCCACCACUCGCUCUUCCUGCACAUCCGCAAGGCCACGCAGUCCAUGGGUCUGCUCAACACACUCUCGCUGGCCUUCGUGGGCGGCCUCCCGCUGGCCUACCAGCAGACCUCGGCCUUCGCUCGGCAGCCCCGCGAUGAGCUCGAGAGCGUGCGUAUCAGCUGUGCCAUCAUCUUCUUCGCCAGCAUCUUCCAGUUUGCCAUCUGGACCACAGCUCUGCUGCACGAGAGGGAGACGCUGCAGCCCUCGGCGCGAUUCGGGGGCCAGGAGCACGCGUUCAUGUUCGCCAAGCUCGCGCUGUACCCCUGCGCCAGCCUGCUGGCCUUCACCUGUACCUGCUUCCUGAGCAGGUUCAGCACCGCCAUCUUCCACCUCAUGCAGAUCGCCGUGCCCUUCGCCUUCCUGCUGCUGCGCCUCCUCGUGCGCCUGGCCCUGGCUGUCCUGUGGGCCCUGCGUGGCCUCCCCGUGCCAGAGCUUGGGGCUGAGGAUGACUCUCGGUCCCUGCUCCUCCCUGCUCCCUGCUAGCGUGAGGUCCUUGCCCACCCCAGCCGGAGGUCACAGUGUCAGCCCGGUGGCCCGAGCUUGGGUUUUCCUUUCCUUGUGAGAUUUCAUGUUCUACUCAGUGUCCUCAGGUGGUUUUCCACUCUCAGAGGAGAGCGUCACAGGACCUCGACUUUGUGUCGCUGCACGUGCCCAUCUCUGCCCCCUGGGCCUGCAUUCUCUGUCUCCAUCAAGCUAACACAAGCCGUGUGGGGACUGACAUUUCGGUGGUUCCAGGGGCAGCUGGGGCCCGGCCGGGAGCCCACAGCCUCAGCCUCGUGGGGGCAUGGGUGUGCAUGUGGCCCUGGGUCCUCAACAGGCAGUGCAGCCCCCCAGACCUGGCUUAGCCCACCCCGGCCC